CUAGCUCUGGUCCCCAAGCAACUAUCGUGAUCCGCUCGCCGCCCCCGCGGAGGCCCCAGGGCGUCCCAAGGGUGCCCUCGUAGGGCUCCCUCGUGCUCUAUUCGCCCGUGCCGAUCUGUGGUUGCAAUUGCGUUUGCCCUUGUGGCCCAUGUGUUCCUCACAUGUCCUCACUUCCUCCCCUCUCUCGUCCCUUUCACUUUCUUUCACAACCUGCUCCUCUGUGACUUUCCCAGCCAUUGAGAAGCCCCUUGCGUAUACCCAGCUGUUUUCUAAAUUCACAGACGCACACGACUUUCACCAUGGCUCCUACCUCCUUCAAGCUCAACACUGGCGUUGACAUGCCUGCUGUCGGUCUCGGCACCUGGCAGUCUGCCCCUGGCGAGGUCGCCAACGCCGUCGCAAUCGCUCUCAAGGCGGGCUACCGGCUGAUCGACACGGCCUACUGCUACGGAAACGAGGACGAGGUCGGCAAGGGCAUCAAGGAGGCCAUUGACGCGGGCGUCGUCAAGCGCGAGGACAUCUUUGUCGUGACCAAGCUGUGGAACACGUACGCCACACGCGCCGAGGUCGGCCUCGACAAGUCCCUCCAGAACCUGGGCCUCGACUACGUCGACCUCUUCCUCGUCCACUGGCCCGUGGGCAUGAACCCGGAGGGCAACGACGACCGGUUUCCCAAGCUGCCCAACGGCGAGCGCGACAUUACCUGGGAGCACGACCACGUCGCGACCUGGAAGCAGAUGGAGGGCCUCGUCAAGACGGGCAAGACCAAGGCCAUCGGCGUGUCCAACUACAGCAAGGUCUACCUCGAGAAGCUCCUUGCCCAGGCCGAGAUCGUGCCCGCCGUCAACCAGAUCGAGAACCACCCGUCGCUGCCCCAGGACGAGGUCGUCGCCAUCUGCAAGGAGAACGGCAUCCACAUCAUGGCCUACAGCCCGCUCGGCAGCACUGGCUCGCCGCUCUUCCAGAACGAGAGCGUCAAGAAGGUCGCCGAGAAGAAGGGCGCCAGCCCGGGUACCGUGCUCCUGAGCUACCACGUCGCCAGAGGCAGCACCGUCCUGGCCAAGUCGGUCACCGAGUCGCGCAUCAAGGCCAACCUCGAGAUUGUCGACCUCGACGACGAGGACCUCAAGACCCUCGGCGAGGUCUCGGCCGGCGGCAAGUUCGAGCGCUUCGUGUACCCGCCCUUUGGCAUCAACUUUGGCUUCCCCGACAAAACCACGGGCAAGACCAUGCCCAAUGGCCUCGAAGCUUGAGAUUUUGUAGCGGUUUGAAGACGGGGAGGGAGGAAAGCGGUUCUGGCGGUAGAUGGUUUUUUUUAUACUGUGAAAAAGCAUUUUCAGACAUAGAUCAAAAACUUGCGAUUUAUUGCGUUGAGGUGUGUGGUGUGCCUUUUCGCACGUGGAUUCACUUUUUGUCUUCGUCUUCGUGAUGAAUAUUGAGCGUGGAGAUUGGGCUUCUUGCUCAGAUCAUAGACGGAUUAAGCUCCAAAAUGUCAGGCUGUCCAUGUCAGCUUUCCCUGCGGGAAAAUGC